AUGGACGUUCUGCAGUUGGUCUAUCCAGCGGCGGCUUUUACGGCCAUUUGCUUCCCGGUCUCUGGGCCUGUGGAUGCGGCCCUACUGGCCCUUUCCUUGGUCCUCCGGCAAAGGUACCUAUUUGCCGGUAUUCUCAAUUUCAUGCCGAGCCGAGAGGCCUUCAUGGCCACUCUAGCCUUCUCCUCGAUCCUUGCCUGGUCCAUCUGCGCUCUUUCGUGGGUAUUGCGGACAAGGCGGGAAGAAGUUGGGACCCAAAGAUGGAAUGGGCCAGGCAGAGUCCUCCUUUUCCCAUGUCGAACGUUCCACUCGCGUUUGUUCCCGAAGCAGCACUCCUUUGAUUAUCCCUACCUUGCGGUUGGCGUGCCCGUGGGCUUUGACGGGAAUGCCGGGGGAAUGGUCACGGUCCGGACCAAAAGAACAUCGGGCCUCUUUUCGUGGUCCUCCCUCCUGCCCGACGUGCCGAAAGCUUGGUUUACAGUCGAUCCGGGCGACUACUUGGAGCGUGGCAAGGCCGAGCUGGGUCUCCGGGGCAAGCUUGACCGCUACCUUCGAAGCCAGGGCGUCGACCCAGCGACCUACCCGCAUGCCUAUUUCGUCACGGCUGCCCCCUUCCUUGGCUACAACUCCAACCCGACUUCCUUUUGGUACCUGUACGAUGCCGGGAAGCGCCUCGCUGCCAUGAUCUUGGAUGUUAACAAUACCUUUGGCGAGCGACGGUUGUAUUUCCUGACAUCCAGCAGUGACCGACAAAUCCAGUCCGACUGUUCUCUAGAAUCACCGGGGGACGAAGGAGCCACGUUCGAGCAGUCGUGGCCGAAGGACUUCCAUGUCUCGCCGUUCAGCUCUCGCAAAGGCUCGUAUACUUUGUCAGCGUGUGACCCUCUGGGCCCGUUCAUGCAAGGCACCGGCUCGGUCACCAACACCAUCACCUUGACUUCAUCCAAAGGGCACCCAAAGCUGGUAGCCACACUGCGGCCGGAAAGCGCCGCCUUGGAUCCCUAUGCCAUGUCAACGUACCAGAAGUUCAGGUUCCUGGCCUCCUGGUGGUGGGUCGGGUUCGCGACAUUUCCACUGAUCCUCAAGGAAGCCUUUGGGCUCAACUUCCGCCGCAAACUGCACGUGUGGUACAGGCCGGAACCCCUGAAGGGUACCAUCGCGCGGACGGCAGAUCCGACCGAGCGGAAGCUAGAGCCCAUCUUCAGGAGGUAUCUCCAACACCUUGUCGAGCAGUCGCCCGCUGCUCUGGCUGUGAAGUAUAUCGCCAGCGGCACGUCGGGCGGCACGGAGCAGGUGAUGAUGAAGUCCCGGGCCGCUCGAAGGGGGGCCGGGGCCGGGCCCGAGGAGCUGGAGUUCAGGGUGCUCACUCCGCUCUUCUACAGGCGAUUUGUGUACUAUGCGCACGACUUUGAGGCAUUCUUCUGCGAGCUCCACGACAGCUGCACGAUCUGGGUGUCCCGCCCGGACCUAUUGCCGAUGUUCGCUCUGAGGAUACCACCACCACCUCUCAAGACAUCCGACUUUUCCGACUAUGCGUACUUCAAGAUGGUACAGCACCUCCGCGUCCGGCCAGAGCGGAUCGUGCGACCGCUGACAUCGGUCGCGAAGCCUCCAGCGCAGCCUCAACCCGUCGACAUCCGGAAUUUCCGCAUAUCGUCCAUGGAUGCCUAUGUCUCGGCGCACGAGGAUUCUGCGGCCCGCGAAACGUACAAGCGCUGCGUCUUGAAACUGUUCGUCGCGGACAGGUUUGCGUUCGGGUCCAUGCUCUUGCUCGAGCUUCAGCGGCUUGUUGUGAAGGCGUGCCUUGCCUGGUUCAUUUCGGCUGUCCUGACCACGGAUCUCGGAGGGUUCCCUUGA